GGCGGGGUUGCACAUGCGUGGUAAAAUACAGCACUUCCUGUUUAAUGUCACCGGCGUGAAAGAUCGAGCGAGAAACACAUAAUGGUCACACCCUGGAGAAUGGGCCACUUGCUGGCCAGCAAACUGGCAAGUCUCCCAGGACCUGCUGCCUGCCAGAUUUGUCGCCAUGCCAGCCGAAAAGCAUAUGAGUGGAUGUCUCAAAGGCGUUCUGAUUCGCAUCCAAAACAGAAACAAUAUGAAGACAUGUUUGAGGAUGACCAUGACAUGGAUGUAGUCGAAGCCAAGCUGACUUCUAUUAUUAGUGAAGAGAGGAGACGGCAUAAAGCAGCCAAAUUCCACAAAAUGAAGAGGCAAAUGAAUAAACCUGGAGCACCCGAGAGAAGACUUAGCUGGGAUGCCAUUGAGCAGAUAAGAUAUUUAAAGCAGGAAUCCCCAGAGGAAUGGACUCUGCAGAGAUUAGCAGAGGCUUUCUCUGUAAACUCUGACGUCAUCUCCCGAGUUCUUCGCGGGAAGUUCACACCAACCCCAGAGCGGAAACUUAACCAAGACUCAAAAGUGUUGCCCACUACUGGCCAGCUGUCUCUCAGGGAUGGCAAACCAGAACAGUCCAGGUUACCACUGACUGACAGAACAACACCAGCUAUGCUCUCCCCAGGAAACACAGGUGCCCUGGCAACACUAAGCAACAGAGCGCUUCCAUUAAAGGAUGAGACAGGACUGAUGCCCUCUGGUGGCAACAUCCCAUCUAUAUCCAUAGUAACAUCUAGACAUUCAACUGUACAAAAAGCGACAUCUAAUUUACAGGACCUGCAUGACUCUUUGCAAAAGACUUUUGAAACAGAUGCGGGUGAUGAUAUUAAGUUGGAAGAGGAGUGGGAUGGGGUUAUUUUGACAGAAGAAGAGCUGGAGCGGUUCGCCCAAACAGUGCAGGAAAAGCCCAGUUUAGUGGAACAGAAAGGACGAGAGUUUUUUGAUUGUGACGGCAACUUCCUGUAUAGAAUCUAA